AUGGAGCUCGUUAAAUACUUGGAAACCGUUGGAAACCACGUCCUCGAAAGCCUUGAGAACGAGCGGGAGCUGCUGGCUGCGUUCAAAGGACUAAGGAAUGGAUUAGUGUAAGCAUUUCGUUCCAAAUGAAACUUCUUUUAGUUAUGGAACACGGAUCAGAGCCCCUCAUGCCCUGGUUAUGGUAUUUCUGUUCGGGAAAGGGCCAUUACUUUCACGACUUAAGACUAUACUAACCUUAACGAAAACCCAUGCCUUUAAUUUGGGUCGCUUUGUUUUCGGAUACAAACUUUUGUUGGCUUUACUGAGAAAGCUGGAAGGUGACAAAAACCAAUUCCAUUCUUUCAUUUCUGCAUUUGCCGUUGGAUAUUUGGUGUUUGGAAAAGAAAACGGAGUCAACACCCAGGUGAGCAAUCGUAAUUAUUGAGAGAUGUUUACAAACAGCCCGGACUCAUUCAUUCUGCUUAUAGAUCAACCUCUACCUUCUCUCGAGAAUUGUUUAUGGAAUGGCGAAGCUUGGAGCCGAGAAAGGGUUUAUUCCAACCCCAAACUUCCCCGUUUUCCCAUGGUUUGCAGCUGUUGUUUGGGGGACUGUUCUAUGGAUGUUCGAAUAUCAUCAGCAUGUCUUACAAAACUCAUUGCAAUCUUCCAUGACAUAUUUAUAUCACGACUCUGACUUCUGGACAGGAAUCAGAAACUUUCUGUUUGUAAAUAAGUGA